CUCUGUGCAAGGCACGUGCUCCAGAUCUUGGCGCUCGCGUCUGGCUGUAGCUUCCUGGCCCUGUCACAACUUCCUUCCUCAACGACAGACAUACGAACAACAUUCCGCCAGUUAGUUCAUAGACACAUCACCACCUGCGCGCCCAUCAUCAUUCUCAUCUCCUUGAAGUUCUGGUACUUUGAUAAGCUGGCGAUGAGGGCAGUCUCGGUGGUGGAGCACGCAGACAAGACAGGUUGAUCGAGGCUUUGUCGCCCAGCUUGAUUGAUUCAUUGAUUGAUGGACACGCGCGCGUGGACAAACACAACUACACCUUACCUCACUACACUGCACUGCAUCGCGAUCCACCUCCAUAUCACACCACCUGCUCGCAUCAAUGACGCAGAUGUUGGACCAACUCGAAGCCGCGCGCAAGCUGGCCCUGAAUGAUGGCACUCACUAUCCCAAAAUCCUUCCCGGCGUCUUGCCCAUCAUUGGCGCAAACUCCAAUGCGAAUAUCGAGCUGCGCCGAUGGGGGGCAGACUUCCUGGCAGAGGCCUUCGCCUCGCCUACAUGGUCGCCCGAGAUGAAGGAAGCACUCGUCCUGCGUGUGGCUGCGGGUGCGGGUUCGGCUCUCCUGGAGGCCUUGAAGGAAUACCUCGAAGUCGUGCAGGACAGGGCCGUCAUCAAAAGUGCUAUUUUGACUGCUGCAACUAUAUACCCCAUGAUGUACAAACACACUAUCGCAGAUCCAAACGAUAGCCACAACUGGCAGCUCAUGCAGGCAAUUAAGAUGAAUAUCCUACAGAGGAUGGACGCAGCUCCCUCUGGCGUGCGCAUAUGCUGCGUCAAAUUCGUGCAGCAGGUCGUCUUGACCCAAACCCCUGGCCACGUCGAUCCUAGGCGACCAGAUCCAAAUGACAUCUCCCUUGCCAUUCUACCCCGUAACCACGCUCUGUUGCCGUACGGAAACCUAGAAGCCGAAGGCCACGGACUACUCGACCGCAUGUUGGAUAUCAUACAUGGAGAUCACAGUGAUGCGUUGUUGGUCACCGCUGUGCUCAAUACUCUGGGAAUAUUACUCCAGCGCAGGCCGAUAGCUUCAAGCAAGAUAUUGAAUAGCGUACUCAACUUCAAUCCGCUGAAACUCGCUAAUUCGCCAAUGACCCCCAAAAAUCGAGUUAUAAUGAAGUCUCUCGAAAGGACUACGCGGGCUCUGCUAUUUAACUUCAUGAAACGGAACCCUGAAGGCCCGCUUACCGGGCGCAUACAGCAGUAUCUGGAGCGCAUGCAUCGUAUGCGGAUUGAUGUCUUCGACGAAUCUUCUCGGAAGAGACCAGCCCCAGCAGAGCCCACCGAUGGCUUGGACCCUGCCAAACGACAGCGUUUACGCGCAAAUGUACCUGCUGCCAGUGCGGUAGUCCCUGUGCCCGCACCUGCGCCUCCUCCCGCCACUACACUACCUCCAGGCCCAGUGACUUAUCGCCAGUUGUUCACAUUGAAUCCAGAUGCUGGCAUAGCAAAUUUCGACGUGCAAACUUUCAAAGAUCCUGAACAACUGGUCAUGCUCACCGUACACCUGCUUCAAAUGAUCGACGAGGCCCAGAUGACCAAUGCAAUAAAUGUGGUUCGUUCUCGAUACCUUUCUCUCAGCACCACAGCCUCGGGAGCUCCUGCCGCCAGCGCGCCUGCCCCAUUACCUCCCCCUGUCGUUGAUGACGAAGAAGAUUACGAACCUGACUUCGAGCCCGAGGAUGCCGAACAAGUCGCAAACAGUUUAGACAGUCUUCCUCCCCCAGGCACAGUGGAACUUCCAUCAAACUCGCUCGCUCCUUAUAAACUUCCAGAAGCCCCGCCGCUUACAGAACAAGAAAUUCGACAUUAUGGCGAAGUGUCGGUUCGUGAAGCUUUCAGGAUGCUCAGUAGUACCGAAGACAAAGACAAGGGCAAAACUAACAAGACCGGGUUUAAUAGAUUGGCUGCAAGUGACUAUGGACGAGAUGCCUGGAUAACUAUACUGUCUCGAUUGGCUACUCGGGCAAGCGCAGGCUUAGACGAUCCCAACGAAGGUAUCAAAGACGAAUUCGCAGUGAAGAAUAUCAAAGGAGGGGUCUCAAUAAGUGAUUCCGUAAGAGAUGGGUUAUACACAUACAUCAUGUAUGAUUGGAGAAAACGUAUCGACGUUGCCAUAUCGUGGCUUACCGAAGAGUGGUACAACGACACCAUCCUCACCCAAUCCGCAAAGAUAGCGGCCAAAACCAGCAACCUGAACGGUAACUCUGCCUCCAGCGCAUCCGGACCGAAAGGGAACUACGAACGUUGCGCCCUGCGUCUAAUCGAUGGCAUGUUGCCGUUCGUGGAACACACCGACAAGAUUCUGCUCCGCUUCAUUUCCGAAUUACCAAAACUCGAUCAUGAGAUCCUCGCCCGCUUGAUUAAGAUGUCCGAGGAUCCUGAGCGUAUCGAUUUGUCAUGUAAAGUGCUCCAGUAUCUAUACAUGUUUCGCCCGCCAGUGCGCUCUGUCGUAGUCGAUGUGCUCUCGGAGCUGUGGACUGUGAAUCAUCGUGCUAGACCUAGCGCUGGAAAAUUGUUAAAGCACUACCGGCCGGACUUUGCUGCAUUGGAGGAAGCAAACGGUACGAACGUUGGUGGCGAUGGAGGGGAGGUCAAAGCAGAAAUCGUGAAUGGUACUGCUCAAUAG